CACGUAUUGGGACAGUCGCUACGUACAACGAGCAUGUGGUCAGGCAAUCCGUGCCCCGCUUUGUGUAGAAGCUGAAUUUUGGGGGGAGUGACUGAGAAGCAGCAGUUGUCUGAUCAUUGCAUCCUGUCGUCAGAGCGCAAGGGUGUGUGCGCAGUUGUGUGUGCGUGUUGUGUGUCUGCGCAGUGUGUCGGCAUUCAGAGCCAGUAUGAAGAGAGGCAAGAAAGCAGAGGAGGCAGCGGCUGCAGACGGGGAAAAUGACACGGGAGCCGGUAGAGUUUGUAGUAACAAAUCUGCCACGAAGAAAGCAAAGAAGGCAAAGGAACCAGAGGCCCCGAUACUGUACGAGGACCCUCCUGACAAAAUGACCAGUAAAGACGAACGCAGCGCCAACAUGAAGAUAACGUCCUGGAACGUCGACGGUCUGAGGGCCUGGGUGAAAAAGAAUGGCCUCGAUUGGGUGCGGGAGGAGGAUCCUGAUGUCUUGUGCCUGCAAGAGACCAAGUGUUCAGAAAAGGCCCUACCUGCUGAGAUCACCUCAAUGCCCGAGUACCCUCACAAGUACUGGGCUGUGUCAGAUGACAAGGAGGGUUACAGUGGGGUGGCCAUGCUCUGCAAGACUGAACCCCUGAAAGUGACUUAUGGCAUUGGCAAAGAGGACCAUGACAAAGAGGGCAGAGUCAUCACUGCAGAGUUUCCCAGCUUCUAUCUGGUGACGGCCUAUGUGCCAAACUCCAGCAGAGGCCUUGUGCGGCUGGAUUACCGCAAAACCUGGGACGUGGACUUCCGCGCGUACCUGAGCGAGCUCGACAUGCAGAAGCCCCUGGUACUGUGCGGUGACCUCAACGUCGCGCACCAGGAGAUCGACCUGAAGAACCCCAAGGGCAACAAGAAAAACGCAGGCUUCACCCCCGAGGAGAGGGAGGGCUUCAGCCAGCUGCUGGCGUCCGGCUUCGUCGACAGCUUCCGCGAGCUCUACCCCGACCAGGCCAACGCCUACACCUUCUGGACCUACAUGAUGAAUGCCCGCGCAAAAAAUGUGGGCUGGAGGCUUGAUUACUUUGUGCUGUCCUCCUCUCUACUGCCAGGCCUGUGUGACAGCAAGAUCCGCAACAAGGCCAUGGGAAGCGACCACUGCCCCAUCACUCUGCACUUAGCAGUGUAGGUCACUGUGUGGUCAUGAAGGGUACUGCUUUGCAUAGUCUACACUGGCUUCAUAAUACCAUUCCAAUGUGGCCUGACCUUUCGUGUGUGCUCCGUUAGUUAAAGCGACAUUUACUGUAUCCAGUCAAGGAAGUCUCUCACCAGAGGGGUUCACUCGUCCAGUAGAUCAGUGGUACAUUUCACGUAAAUGUGAUGAAAUUACACACACAAAGUCCCCUUCCUGUAGCUGAAGUUUAUACACCCAAUUCAUUCUUUCAAUUCUAAAAUAUACAAAUAAAACACUAUAUACUAAAACAUGUUCAGCUGAUCUGAGUGUGGCUCCUCCUUACUUGUUCACCUUAGACACAUUGGUGCUUUUUUUCCCAGUUUAAGCUACUGCUGUUAAAAGAAUGUAUCAGUUGUGAGAAUGUUUUCCAAACAAAUGUUACAUUUCUGUAAAACCUGCCCAAUGUCUCAAUUAAAGUCUGUUUAUGUAAAA